AUGAGCGAAGAAGACGCGGAGACAAAGGGCGAUGCAGGUGAAGAAACGGCCCCUUUGCACAUGGAAGCCAAAGACAGCAAAGAAGACCUUCGGUAUGGCUGGAGAAAUGUCAGGCCGCAGUGUUUGCAAGUCCUUAACAGUCCCAAAUUCUUCGUGUUUGCUUUGGCAACGUUUGGUUUUGUUCAAGGUAACUAACGGAACUGUAAAGUUUGUUGGUGAAAAUGAUUUUUAAAUCAUUUCGCAUGUAUAUAAGGAUGACGUUAUUUCUUGACUGAUUUUGUGGCGCCGAGUGAAAAGUCAGUAAAAGCUGGCUUGUCAUUGAAGUGAAAUAUACUCGCAAAACCUGUAGGACGACAUGGUAGGUUUAAAAAUGUCGAAAUCAAAAUCACUACAUAUAGGUCUCUCUUAUCUUUGAAAACGGAGAUUUCCUAUUUUUCUCCGUUGUAGCCUGAAUUCCUUCCUUGCGUAAACGGCGUUUCCGGGCACCAAAAACGCAGGUUUUCGAUAACGGCCCCCAGAGUGGUGGUUUUUUUUUGCUUUUAGGUGUGAAAAGACGAAAACGGAGAUUUUGAAUACGAUGAUGUCAUACAUCUUAUCUAACUAGCAUUACGCAUGCUCUGUGAGGGAUGCUAUCGUAUUUCGAUCGUUUUAAAUUUAUCAUUAGUUUUUUCAUAUAGACGGGCGAAAACUGUUCAAAUUGUUUUUGGCGUUUGUAGGCAUGUGUGUCAGUGGUUUUACCAAUCUCUACCUGCUGACCUUGGAAAAAAGGUUUCAACUUACCAGCACUGAAGUUGGAUUUGUGGCGGCGUCCAAUGAUAUCGCGGGAAUUGUGUUAACAGCUCUGGUCAGCUUUUAUGGUACAUAUGGAAACAAGCCCAGGUGGCUUGGGUACGGCUGCGCUAUAACAGGUAAACUAUUCAAACUCAAUUCACUAAACUGUAAUCAGCAUUUCAGUUGCGGAGAUAGUGCUUCUAAAGCUAAUUUUGUCAUUAUAGUUAAGUACGCUUGUCCUUGCAUUUUCAAUUUUGCAAUCUUACGGUUGUAGGGAAAAAAGCACCUUUUCAGUCUAUGGGUUUAUACCAUUGAUACUAUAUUCUCAAACUCAUUAAUUAUUCAUGCAGUCAAAAGCCAAUAAAUGACGUGCAUUUGGGUCAGGUAAAUGAAUCUUGAUACCUAAUGAAACACUAGAUAAAACACUUCCAGGUUUUUAGUUGAAACACGUUUUUCAUCUGAGGUCAAACACUUGCAUUUUAAUGAGACGUUUUAUUGAUUAAGACAACUCAUGGAAACAAUGCAACAUGUUUUGCAAUACCAGAGAAAACAUGUCACACUGCGGUAAUUUCUUACUGUUUCAUUUUGAAGACUUGUAAGAAACUCGGGCUUCAUGCUUCAUCACGGGUUCCAAACGCCUCGAUGAAGCACUCGCCCACGUUUUUUGACAUAUUACGUCAAACCUUAGGUACCUUUGAGUUGUUGUUUAAUGAAUUCCUAGAGAAAGCGGGAGAGGAUGAGAAAUCCAUACUCUCCACCUGGGUGAAGCCGGUCCGGGGGAGACUCCCAUAUGAAAGGGACCGGGAUGCUUGUCGUCCCGCUUAGGGGUGUAAAUUUUGCAUUUUGGUCUCACUUAGGGUGUUCUGGGCAAAACGCCUUUAUAUUUAGCCGUAAAGGUCUCUUUUAGGGUUGCACGCGAAGGUGUAUUAACAAAUUUCUCAUUUUCAAUUCUUUUUGUGUACACGAUUCAUGUAAUCAAAGUUUAAAACGGUCUCUUUUAGGGGUCAAAAAAGGGUUGGGCCACGCCCAGAUUGGUCUCCUUUAGGGGUUUAAUUCAAAAUUUCCGACGAGCAUCCCCGCCCCUUUCAUAUGGAAGUUUCCCCGGGGAAGCCGGUUAGCUUGAAUUUGAUAAUUAUUCACCAUCCCUUUCAAAAACAAAAUGAGUAUCAUACUCUCUACCUAUUGUCCACCAAACACAAUUUAGUUUCUGUAGAUACUGAGACUAUCAGUACAAAUAGAAAGAAAAAUCUUAAAAAAUAAAUGCUUAGAUAGAUAUUGAAAAAUAAAAUUUAUAGAUACUGAGACUAUCACUAUCUCAUAUACGCCUCAUGUUUUGUCGCAGGUCUCGGAUGUCUAAUAUUUGUUCUUCCACAAGCUCUAGUUGGUCGCUACGAGCCUCUGUUAAACUCAAACGGAUUCGGUAAUGGAGAGCUUUGUCAGCUGAGCGUUAAUGGUACUUCAGAAUUCUGCUUUUCUAAUUAUGGUGGUCGAUGGUAUUACAUAUUCAUCUUUUUCUUGGCACAGUUACUUAUGGGUGGUGGAACAACUCCGCUGUACACUCUUGGGCCAGCGUACAUCGAUGAAAAUGUCCAUCCAAAAUCGUCACCAAUCUACCUGGCGGUGUUUUUCGCCUCUAGCUUGUUGGGGCCUGGUUUGGGGUUCAUAUCUGGUGGCUCCCUGUUGAAGAUCUACGUGGAUGUGACUCAGGUAACUCGGUUUGUAUGUAUUUUUCGAACAAAGAAUCAGUAGGAAAAGAAUCUAUAAUAUUAGAGUCUUGUAUUAAGCUAAAAAUAGAUGUUUUUGAGAGCCAGACACUUUUCUUAACAAAACUUUUAUUUUAUAACAUCAUCUUUAUUGUCCGGCCUGCCUUACCCGCUCAAGUUGAAAAAAUUAGUAUAGGAGAGAUGUACGAUAAUACCUACAACUUUUGACGUAACAGACGAAAUCUUUUCAUGUGAACCUUGAAUUGCUUGAAAUCAAUCUCGCAACGAAAAAUCCCCUUAUGCUAUGUUAUCCUUGUAAAUUCCCUUUCUCUCUGUACAUAAAAUGUUGCCUCCAGGGGAAAUUUACUUCCAACCGGGGACAAAGUCAUUUCUCUGUUGGAAUUACCUUGGAACCUCUAUUCAGGGGACACCCUUGGGACUAGGUCAAGUGUCCCCUGAAUAUAGGUGUCCCCUAUCCUGAAUUUCAGACGAUUAUUUCGAGUGGUUUUUCUCACUGAGGGAGUAAAAACGACUCGAAGUAAUCGUCUGAAAUUCAUGCUAGGUGUCCCCUAAAUGGAGGUUGGGCUGGGCUUUGAAAAUAGUUAACCAACAAAUAAAAUCUUUUUCUUUUAUUCUGCCUCGGUAUUAGCCUACGAAUAGCAGACGUUCGCAGGCUACCUCGGUAUCUGCUGCGGUCAUAAUUUGAAGCAGUAGAUAAUACCGUGACUCAAUUAUCUCUGCGAUGUUGUGCAUUGAAUUCGAUUCCCACAAGUUUGACAAAUCGAUUUUAGUGGGAGUAGUUCAUAUUUUAAAAGCUAUAACCAUUUUGACUGGUGAACAAUGAAACUUAUCAACCCUUUUCGUGGUAAGUCACUUUUCGAGUACUAAAGUGUCACCUGGAAGGAGGUUAAAACUAGGUUCCAGAAAAAGUGUCCCUUUCCCCCUGAAUAGAGGUGUCUCUUCAACAGAGGUAACAAAUAUAAAGAUUAUGUGAACAUUUUUCAGGGACCAAAUUUUGUGUCCCCUGAAUGGAGGUGUCCCUUGAAUAGACGUAUCCCAAAGGAGAAGUUCCACUGUAAUUCUUUGCAGCUGGGAAAAAACGUAUUGCAUUGUCAUGGUCUUAGGACAACAUCGAGAUAUUGUGGUAUCGUGAAUACCAGAGGUUUUUUUUCUUGCAUGCAGCGGGAUGCUUUCGUGUCGAUCGCCUCCUUGAGGGCGUCAAUUAAGAUCCUUGAAAGAUCCUCACUAAAUCUUCAAGGAUCUUGAAGGAUCUUUACAAAGAUCUCUUUAACCCUGAAGAAUCCUCUUACAUUCUUAAAGAUCUUGAAGGAUCCUAGCUAGGUUCUAAAAGAUCCUUGAAGAUGUGAUUUAAAGAUCCUUUUAAGGAUCUUCGCUAAAUUUUCAAGGAUCUUAAAGGAUCUUUACAAAGAUCUUUGCAAGGAUUUUUGAAAAGAUAUUUGAAAGAUCCUCAUCAUUUCCUGGAGGAUCUUCAAGGGAUCGUUUGGAGAUCCUUAUCCUUCAAGAUCUUUGCAGAUAUUUGAUGAUCCUUAAAGAUCCUGUGAAGAUUUUCACCAGGGAAAGCACGAGCGGUCACAACUUUUACCGAAACCCGAAUAACCGCGCAUGAAAAGUGGCUCUGGCACCCAGGGUAAAGAACACCCGGGAUAAAACUAAGCCCAGGAAGAAUGGCUGAGAUAAAAUCUUUUGCCUGAUUAUUUUCCUUUAGCCUGAAGGAUCAAACCUUACUCCUGAUGAUCCCCAGUGGAUAGGAGCUUGGUGGAUCGGCUUUCUGUUCGGGGGCUUUAUACUUCUUCUCAUGACCGGACUUCUGCUAGGAUUUCCCCGAGAGCUACCGGGUGCAAAACGCAUGCGCGAAGAAGCAGCCAAGGAGGGACAAAUUCCAAAAAAAGACGAAAGACUUCAAGGGAACAUUAAGGACAUUUUGCCAGCUACCCUUCAACUACUGAAGGCGCCUGUUUUUAUUUUUAAUUCCUUGGGAAUAACUUCCAGUUCACUGUUUGGUGCUGGGAUAGCUUCGUUCUUGCCCAAGAUUCUCCAGCUUAAAUAUGGACUCAGUCCAUUCAUAACAGGAGCUGUCAUUGGGACGAUCUUAGUACCAGGAACAGUAGGUAGUUAUCUCGGAUUAACUUAGCUUUCUGGGAAACUGCCCACCUACCCUUCCCCUAAGCCAACAUUUUACCCUAAGUGAGAAGUAAGUGAUGAGAAGGAACUGAUAAUGUUGGCUUAGGGGAGGGAUAGGUGGGCAGUUUCCGAAAAAACUUAAAUUGAUCCGUUAUCUCAAGUUAUUUGCUUGACGACUUGUCUUCCUUUGCAGUGUCUUAAAAGUAGAAAAUAAAACUUAAUUUGUCCACCCCCACUGAAAGUUCGUUACCGCAUGCAUAUGGAAUCUGGAUAUUCAGAUUCCCAUGAUCUUUGUACUGCCAAAGUUAUGAUUUGAUUGGUAUUGUUUAAGACCCUCUGAUGUGAAAAAAUAUAAUAAUUGUCCAGUUUAACUUGGAAUUAGUCUAUUAAUCUGCCUAAUCUAUAAGUAUGUCUUUGGCUUUUCAUUAUAACCAGCAAAAAUUGGGCCAGCAAAGGUUUUUCGAGAACGGAUCAUACAUUGUCAUCUCCUUGAGAGAGUAGCUCAGGGUUCCUGGUCAGAUGAGAAAAGAUCAGCUGAGCAUACUCAGUUUUUAUAUCAGCCCAGCUUCGACCCAAAAUUGUGAAAUUCACCGGAACAUAGCGCCAUUAAUUACUUGUAUGCCGUUUUGCCAAGAAUGAUUCUAUUCUCUAGGCACUGAGACUUACAGUUCCACCAAGUGAUCUCUUGGUUCCCACGCAGACGUUCUUAGGGCUUCGUCACGCGUUCCUUCCCUGAUUGCGUGACGCGUGAGGGGCGAAAAGAACGUCUGUGUGGGAGGCUUCACAAAAAUGAUUUUUCCGUCUUUGUCUCAUCUAUAGGUGGUAUCUUUUUGGGUGGAUUUAUCGUCCGGAAAUUUGACCUGAAGAAGUCGUUAAAGAUGGCUGCCAGGUUUUGCGUCAUCUGUCAAGUCUUCACCAUCAUAGGAUCUGGUGCAUGGUUUAUUCCUGGAUGUGGCACCCCGGAUUUAGCUGGACUAUUAGUUCCGUAUAAUGGUGGCAGGUGAGAGGCAAUUAUAUUCUUGUACUACUCUUUAUCAUCUCUAUUAUUGGUACUUCAUUUCGCUGGUCUUUAAUUUUGCUUUUUUGCGAUUGUAAAAAUAGAGAAAUUUUUUUACUUAAAGACCUGCGAAAAAAACCUUGCGAAAUCAAGAGAGGAUAAAGGGGACAGAGAAGGCAUCCCCCAUACACACCCUAUUCCAUAGGUAAUUCGUCUCGAGUUAUUUUUAGAAUCGGGAUAAAGUUACCUCGCGCGCUGCGUGGAUGUUAUAGAGGUGUCUCUUCAACAGAGGUAACAAAUAUAAAGAUUAUGUGAACAUUUUUCAGGGACCAAAUUUUGUGUCCCCUGAAUGGAGGUGUCCCUUGAAUAGACGUAUCCCAAAGGAGAAGUUCCACUGUACUUCUUUGCAGCUGGGAAAAAACGAAUUGCAUUGUCAUAUUCUUAAGACAAAAUCGAGAUAUUGUGGUAUCGUGAAUACCAGAGGUUUUUUUCUCUUGCAUGCGGCGGGAUGCUUUGGUGUCGAUCGCCUCCUUGAGGGCGUCAAUUACGAUCCUUCAAAGAUCUUCACUAAAUCUUCAAGGAUCUUGAAGGAUCUUUACAAAGAUGUCUUUAAGAUCCUCUGAAGGAUCCUUUCAAGAUCCUGAAGGAUCCUCUUAUAUUCUUAAAGGAUCCCAGUUAGGUUCUAAAAGAUUCUUCAGGAUAUGAUUUAAAGAUCCUUAAAGGAUCUUAGCAAAAUCUUCAAGGAUCUUAAAGGAUCUUUACAAAGAUCUCUGCAAGGAUUUUUGAAAAGAUAUUUGAAAGAUCCUCAUCAUUUCCUCGAGGAUCUUCAAGGGAUCGUUAAGAGAUCCUUCUCCUUCAAGAUCUUUGCAGAUCUUUGACGAUCCUCAAAGAUUCUGAAGGAUCCUGUGAAGAUUUUCACCAGGGAAAGCACGAGCGGUCACAACUUUUACCGAAACCCCAAUAACUGUGCAUGAAAAGUGGCUCUGGCACCCGGGGUAAAGAACACCCAGGAUAAAACUAAGCCCAGGAAGAAUGGCUGAGAUAAAAUUCUUUUGCCUGAUUAUUUUCCUUUAGCCUGAAGGAUCAAACCUUACUCCUGAUGAUCCCCAGUGGAUAGGAGCUUGGUGGAUCGGCUUUCUGUUCGGGGGCUUUAUACUUCUUCUCAUGACUGGACUUCUGCUAGGAUUUCCCCGAGAGCUACCGGGUGCAAAACGCAUCCGCGAAGAAGCAGCCAAGGAGGGACAAAUUCCAAAAAGAGACGAAAGACUUCAAGGGAACAUUAAAGACAUUUUGCCUGCUACACUUCAACUACUGAAGGCGCCUGUUUUUAUUUUUAAUUCCUUGGGAAUUACUUCCAGCUCACUGUUUGGUGCUGGCAUAGCUUCGUUCUUGCCCAAGAUUCUCCAGCUUAAAUAUGGACUCAGUCCAUUCAUAACAGGAGUUAUCAUUGGGACGAUCUUAGUACCAGGAACAGUAGGUAGUUAUCUCGGAUUAAUCUAGGUUUCUGGGAAACUACCUGCCUACCCCUCCCCUGAGCCAACAUUUUGCCCUAAGUGAGAAGUAAGUGAUGAGAAGGAACUGAUAAUGUUAGCUUAGGGGAGGGAUAGGUGGCAGUUUCCGAAAAAACUUAAAUUGAUCCGUUAUCUCAAGUUAUUUGCUUUCAAAUUUGACGACUCGUCUUCCUUUGCAGUGUCUUUAAAGUAUAAAAUAAAACUUACUGAAUUUGUCCACCCCCACUGAAAGUUCGUUACCGCAUGCAUAUGGAAUCUGGACAUUCAGAUUCCUAUGAUCUUUGUACUGCCAAAGUUAUGAUUUUAUUGGUAUUGCUUAAGACCUUCUGAUAUAAAAAAAAUAUAAUAAUUGUCCAGUUUAACUUGGAAUUAGUCUAUUAAUCUGCCUAAUCUAUAAGUAUGUCUUUGGCUUUUCAUUAUAACUCGCAAAAAUUGGGCCAGCAAAGGUUUUUCGAGAACGGAUCAUACAUUGUCAUCUCCUUGAGAGAGUAGCUCAGGGUUCCUGGUCAGAUGAGAAAAGAUCAGCUGAGCAUACUCAGUUUUUAUAUCAGCCUAGCUUCGACCCAAAAUUGUGAAAUUCACCAGGACAUAGCGCCAUUAAUUAUUUGUAUGCCGCUUUGGCAAGAUUGACUCUAUUCUCUAGGCGCUGAGACUUACAGUUCCACCAAGUGAUCUCUUGGCUCCAACGCAGACGUUCUUAGGGCUUCGUCACGUGUUCCUUCCCUGAUUGCGUGGCGCGUGACGAGCCAAAAGAACGUCUGCGUGGGAGGCUAAAGCAAAAUAAUUUUUCCGUCUUUGUCUCAUCUGUAGGUGGUAUCUUUUUGGGUGGAUUUAUCGUCCGGAAAUUUGACCUGAAGAAGUCGUUAAAGAUGGCUGCCAGAUUUUGCGUCAUCUGUCAAAUCUUCACCAUCAUAGGAUCUGGAUCAUGGUUUAUUCCCGGAUGUGGUCUCCCGGAUUUAGCUGGACUAUUAGUUCCGUAUAAUGGUGGCAGGUAGGAGGCCAUAAUAUUCUUGUACUGCUCUUUGUCAUCUGCCUUAUUGGUACUUAAUUUCGCUGGUCUUUAAUUUUGCGUUUUUCGGGAUUGUAAAAAUAGAGAAGCUUUUUUUACAUAAAGACCUGCGAAAAAAUCCUUGCGAAAUAUAAUACCCAUAUAGAAAAUUCAAAUCACAGAAAAUCAAUUGCCAAGGGAUGGAAGAAGGCGGGCAUUAGUGAAGUAAUUAAUGGUUCAAAGGAACUGUCACCUGAAGAUCCAUUCGUAAAUUUGCAAUGACAAGAUGAUGUUUAGAAACAUUGCCGCAAACUACGUACUGAGACAAUGCGUGUCCACGUUGUAAUACAAUGAAAAGUUAUAUAUAUAUACAUCCGUUUUGCUUCUUACAGUUUAUCUAAAGUAAAAAAUGAAGUUGUGAAUGGUUGAAUCAUGAAAUUUAAUGCCGUUUGUUCAUAUUGCUAAUUGAAAUUGCGAACAUGAAAACAUGAAAAUCCCGCGAAAUACGAAGUUAAAAGUACCAGUAAGGCAUUUAUUUGAUGAUGCAACGUGCACAAGUGAGUAGCUACCUAAAGAAAUAAUUAGUCACUUACUCGUACACAAACGUUUGAUUUGCUACGUCCCUUACACUUGUCGGCUCUAUAAUUUGUCCCCAAAUCAGCCAUUUUGUCAGUCUUCUAAACUACUUAACCUUGAGGCAAGAAAUUUUACCUCCCAUAAGUGUUCUUUCUUUAUGUACUGCUGCUUACCGAUACACCAUUUCUCUCUUGUUGGCUGACCUUCUGCAUUGCGCUUGCAAGAAGGGAAGAAAGUUAGAAUUUCGUGAAAAGACACUUUCCUCUUAUUCCCCUUGAAUAAGGAAAUAAUGGAAUAGCAACUUUUAAAAGGCUCAGCUUUAUCGAAAAGGUUUUUUCGUUUUAGUUGAAGAGCUUGCAUUCUUCAACGUUUUGUCUGAUUGGUUGGUUCUCUGAAUCAAAAAACCACGUCCGGCCAAAAAAAGGUACCAGUGCCUUACGUCGUCCAUAGACAUUUUUACUUCUUUCAAAAAAUCACAAACAUUCGUUUUGAUUAAUAACUGAUCGAUUUAAACACAUUAUAAAGACUUAAUGGAUCAUCCCGAUAAGUGCGUCUCAACGAGAUAAUUUGAGUUCAUAAAUGUACAUAACUUGCACAUGUUGCAGUUGUUCUUACUUUUUUUUUUAUGCCGCAGCUCAUUUAACCUCUGCUCUCUGGCCUUUUAUAUAGUCCUAGGUACUCUCUUUCAUUUGGAACAUCCCUGUUUCGUUCAUUUAAGGAAAUAAACCCCCAUGCAGGGAUUUGGGUGGGAGGUUGUCGAAGGGAAUGUUAACGUGAGAUGACGGCUGUGACAGAGAGACAGUUUGUAAACGGGAUUUGUGGUAUUCAAUGCACUAACAGCCGAGGUAUCUUUCAGCUCCCUGGGGGACAAUGGGAUGACAGCCCCGUGCAACGUGAACUGUAGCUGCUCGCUAGCCACUAUAAACCCCGUGUGUGGAGAAGAUAACUUGGCUUAUUUCUCGCCCUGUCACGCUGGAUGCAAGGUCUCCCAAGAUGAAAAGGUAAUAGAAAAAAAAACACCUCCUUUGUUUAGUAAAACUAAACUGCAAAAAACCUCUGACCAUGCUCACUGUCUUGUUCGGGUCUUGUGUGAGUGCCCGCCUUAUGCGCGCUACAGGUCUAAGAGAAGAAUGGCAUGGAAGACGUAGCUAUUUACUCCUACCCUUUUCCCAUUCUUACGAUUUGCCGAUUUGUAACCUACGAUCUUUCCCUUCAUAUACGAAUACGAAAUUGGAGAGAUGCUAAAUGGCCCAUCAAAACAGCUUGACAAAAUAUCUUAUUUUGAAUUCAAAAUACUUUUCCACUCGUAUUUAUCUGGAAAAAUGUUAGGGAGGUAUUUUCCCCUCCCCUAAUUCAAUGUUGGUUUGCGAAUUCGCGAAAGUGCCAUAGCCUUGGUCAACCCUGAUCAGACGCAAAAAAACAUUGAUUAGGGACGGGAGUGGGAGGGGGCACAGCUGUGCUGUCUAGGCGUAAAAGUGUAGCUUUCUCAAGAAUUUUUGUCCAAGAUUGUCAUCUAUGAUAAGACUGAGAUAGCUAAUUUGCCUUCUGGUUUGAUUUCUCUCUUUCAUAGUCUUUCAAAAACUGCUCUUGCAUUUACCCACAAGGCAACGUAAGCGAAGGUUCAGCGGUGAAAGGUUAUUGUGAGAAGAGGUCUGGGUGCACGACGUACAUAGCAUUUAUACUGCUUCUCAUUUUAGUUCUGUUUUCGGUGUUUAUCACCGCCAUAUCCAACAAGACGGUUGUGCUUAGGUAGGUUAUAAUAUACUCAAAUAUUAAAUACAUGAAUUUUAUGGAGGAUUUGUAUAGAUGUUUGAUAAAAAAAAAUAACAACAACAACAAUAACUUAAUUUGUUGAACAGAUAUAAUUACAUCAAAUUGGGGAACUAGGAAACCCCUACGGGCUUUUACAAGUUUCCCCUAUUGUCAGGGGCGUACCUGCCCAUAGACCUGUAGGUCCAGGCCUACACUGAAUUUUCGGUUUGAUCACUCCCCUGACCGCUUGUAAUAAAUUAUACGUUGUUGGGGUGAGCUAAAAAGUUUCAGAGCUCAAAGUGUUGGUGAAGUCAGUGCGUACUAGUCAUGCGUGCAAUUUUCAGGAUACUGUGCAAAUGAAAGUCAGCUAGGCCUACAACUAGUCGAAAAGCUGGCUACGCCCCUGAUUAUAUUUUCUUAUCAGGUCUGGACGCCAUAUGCAGCAUAACCUAACUAUAAUUACCCACAAGUGAGCUUUACAGAUACAAAGUCUACUGUGUUCCAUACAAAUACUUCAAUUAUCAAACGUAACAGAUUGAAAAUCCCUGCUGGUGAGCGGUGAACCAGUUGGAUAUUUAUGUGUCUGGCUAGAGAGUGGAACUUGGGGCUUCCCUUGAACUCAGGAUCUCUGAACUUGCAACUGUGAGGUUCCUGAGGUUUCACUAUCUGAAUUUUGUGUAUGCUAUACAUGCAUUGCGUGCGCAUGCCGCUUUCAAGAACAGUGACACACUAAAUCUUCGCAUUUUAGGUAGUCGCUUACGGGAGGUUCGACUGUAUAUUUUAACGCUGUAAAUAUGACGUAGCCAACCUCGAAACAACAUCAAUUCUUGCUGUGUUUGUUCUAAACACGAACGUAUCACUCGCGCGAUGACGACUGUCAUUUUUGAAUGGUCUCAGUUAUGGUUGUCGUCGAUAAUGUUUUAUACCAGAGUUUGUACAAGGGCUAUUAGUCAGUCACAUUUGCAUGGUGAGGUAAGAGGUAGGAGGUGUGGAGGGAGGGGGAGCUGCGAGUAUCUUUUCUGUCAUCCCCAACCUUGCACUCGCAAUCGACAAUCGAAAGAUUGAUUCAUUUUGGAGUCAUGAUUUGCUAUGCUUGAGAAGAACACUUUCACCACAAGUAACUAUACAGAUCUCUAACCUCAGUGCACUCUUAAUAUUUCAGAUGUGUACCGUAUAAUCAAAGAGCAUACGCCCUUGGUUUCCAGUUCAUAUUACAGCGGUCUCUGGGAUUCUUACCAGGUCCAAUACUUUUUGGUGCCAUAUUUGAUAGUUCAUGUCUUUUGUGGGGGAGGAGCUGUGGUAAAAAAGGGAAUUGUCAAUUCUUCGACAUGACUAAGUUGACGGACCGGCUUGGUUACGCUGGCUUCAGUUUUACAGGUUAGUUGUUUUCAUGUACUUAUCGGAGGAGAGAGAGAAUAUCCCUCCGCGCAGCUGCCUUCAAUUUUCUUAAGCGGUCGGGGAUUUUCACGCGUUCCUGGGUCGUUCUUGACUUCGAGAAGUCUCUCUUUUUCCCUCAGAUUUAGUGAUGGGAGUAAACACGCGCGCGAGUGUCGAGCGACGAAGCUGCAAGACGCCAUAAACGAGGGCGGAAGCCCGAGAAGCCUCUUCUGUCUCAUUCAUCACUUUUUACUAGUAUCAAGCAUUUGGCUUCGUCAAUUUCUUUUUCCCAGGUUAACGACAAACUUUACAGAAAAGGAGCUACCUGUAUUACUCAAUUCGUUCUAGGCUUAAUUUCCGCUGUUCUUUCGGGUGCGGUCUUGUGGGCUCAUUUCCGCAACAGCGGCUCAUUCUCUCGUGGCAUGCGGCUGAUCAUCGAGCAUAGAUUCGCUUGGACCACCCUCGUACCCAGCGUCUUCGUUCCCCUUGACCAGCGAUCGCCUUGACAUGAAAAAUUAACUUGUUAUAUUCUUGCUUGUCCGCUUUGCCGGGUUCACGCGGUUAGCCUAGGGGUUACAUGGCAAAUUUCCACAUAACCAGAAAUCCUAGACAAUCAGGGGCUUCAACCGCGGGCACAUAAAUUUUGGUAUUCUCUUUUACAAGGUAACACUGUGUUUUAAUGGUGGCAUAGUCUAAAGAAAGUGUUUGAAACAUAAAAUGCAGCCUUUGAAGCCUCUAAUCCUCCAAGUAGUCCCUCUCUUCUCAAUAACUGGUUAUUCUUUUAUGUUUACUUUCUUUCAGGCUUGUCUUUGAUUUUCUACUUCUUGUCCUAUUGGUUCUGUAAGCCAACCAUUGAAGAAGAAGAGGAAAAACAUCGACUUGAACAGCUGCCAAACAAAGAAGCAGCAGAGAAUGAAGACAACGCCAACGGAAUGGGUGAAUCAUCUAUAUAAACAGCCAAAUACAAUAUCCAAAAAUCAUUCAUGAAAAAGGAACCUUUUUGAGAGGCAAAAAAGCCAUAUUUUUUUAUUCAUUGUAUGUUUUCUUUACAAUUGAAGGCAUCUGCGCUUUCUUUCGUUUUAAAAGUAGGUAGGUAUUAGGAAAGUUCGCUUAUUUUAGAUGUUUUUUAGAGUCUACGCCGAUAUUUUAUUAUGCUUUAUUCAGCGGAGCAAGUUAAAUGAGAGGCAUAUAGCUUACACUCGGGAAUGAAAGAUAGACGCGCGCAUCCACACUAAUGCGUUUCCGUUUGAAAACGCAUACAUUUCGAUGCGUUCAGCCGAGCCCCCCAACACUAAAACGCUGAUCGUUUUCAUCGAAAACGCAUCAUGAAACGCAUCACGUUCAUGAAAGUGGAUCAAAACAGAAACGCGUAUACAUAUCGCGUAAGUGAAGACGGUCGAAAACGGUCGAAAACGCAUCAAAAUGAAAACGAUGAAUUAAAAGAUCGCAAGCGCAUGUGUUCAACUUACGUCACAACGUGUAACUAUCGUUUUUCGAACGUUUUAGUGUGGAGAGUCGAAAACGCUUCAUAGCGGUAGUGUGGAUCGAAUAGAUUCAUGUGUGGACAGGGCCUGAGUAUGAAAGAGAAACACGAGUAGUCCUUCACGAUUAUGAACGCCGCAUCCAUUGCUUUUCGUAAGCACUGAAAAAAGUAAUUCCGUUAUUUAACCUCAGCAGUAUUUAUAGCACGUAUGCUAGUGCGGCCGAGCAAAUGCCUGAAACAAACUUAACAGGGGUUAAAAAUCCCCACUGGCCGGAGGCAAACCAGCUGGCUAUUUACAAGGUUGGCCGAGGGUUUGAACCCGAGACCACCGUGAAGAAAUCCAGCUGGCGGUCAGGGCGGGACUUGAUCUCGGGGCCUCCGAAUUACAAGUCCAGUGCUCUAACCGCUCGGCCACUCUGCCUCCAUAGAGUUUCUGAAUUAAAAUUGGUUAUCAAUUUUGGAUUCUAUGUUUAAAUCAAUAAAUAAAUAAUUCCGUUAUUUACCCUCGGCAGUAUUUUAGCUCUAAUGUUAACGGGACCGAGGAAAUGACUGAAACAAUAUUAUCUAAAGUAAUCAUAAUGGGGUUAAGAAUCCCAGCUGGUCAGAGGAAAACCAGCUAGCUGUUUAAAAGCGUCAGUGAAGCGUGGUCGAGGAUUUGAACUUGAGACUACAGUUCCAUGAACAAAUCCAGCUGGCGGUAAAUUUGUGAAAUAUUCAAUGCUGAACUUUUUUAUAACAGAUAUUUAUCUUUGAUAAUAAAGAAAUAAUAUUGAUUUAAAGCAAACCACCAACGUCGACAUGCAAAGCAAGAGGUGCUGAACUUGAUAAUAUGUUCUCUUCAUUCUUGCUAAACAUGUUUAACCGACCCUGAAGAUAAACUGUGUAUUUAUUUUGUUAUAGCUCAAUUUUAUCUUUUUUAAAACUUUCUUUAUACAAUACUUGAAUCAAUCGUCAUACAUUGUUAUACCCAAAGCUUUAAUAAAAAAAUAAAAAUUGAUCCACGGC